AUGCGAAGAUUCCCCAUCUUUAAGACGUUAUGGAAACCCGAGCCCGAAGUGAAAUUCAAGCGGACAGGACUGGCAUUCAAAAAGCCGCCUACAGAACGUCCACUAUCCUGGAGCUCGACAACAUCAAAAGAUGGGAAAGUUUCAACCAAAAAAGGCCCUAAGACUGAAACUUGUCAGGUCAAAGUCAUUGCCAAGCAGCCUUCGCUCUUGAUUGAUUCCAUGUCACUCUCGCAGUCAGCAAUGAUGGUUCUGGAAGGGGAAGUCAAAUCGUUCGCCAUUACUCUUCACAAUACCUCCUCCUGCCCCGUGGACUUUGUAUUGUUCACCUUCCAAGACUCAACAACUCGACAGCUUCAAUCUGCUCUUAGAAACAAAGACCUGCUACCGGUUGAAAUCCACGAAUUAGAGUUGAAGCUGGCCACUCAGCCCGCCUUGAAAUGGCGCCGGGAGGACUCGCAGCCCGAUGACUGCACUAUUCCACCAGGAGAGAAGGCCACAUUCACUGUUGACGUGCUUGGUAAACCUGGCCUACAAGACACAACAGUGCAGAUAGACUACUCAUGCCUGAAUGUCAAACAGGGCGGUUUGCCGGAGGUAUUCUACACUCGCCAGCUCUUUGUCCCGCUCACUGUUACUGUGAACGCCAGCAUUGAGGUUGCCCGUUGUGACAUUCUUCCUUUUAGUGGAGAUUUUGCGUGGAAGAACCACCUUGAUGCCCCGUCUGAUACCGCAUUGAAGUCAGACUCGCCCUUAUCUACCACAGAUCAUGAUCCAUUUUCACAGGUCUUAUCUCGCCUUGGAAAUGGAGCUUACGGACCAGAUCACUGUGUUGUUCUUCUGGAUCUUCGCAAUGCCUGGCCGAGCCCAUUGUCUGUCUGGUUGCGUGUUAGCGAACAUUCUAUGGCACUUGGCUCUGCUAUGAAGUCAUCCAAGAAUGAUGAAGAUAGUCAGUAUUCAGUGGGUGGGAAUCUUCAACCUGGGCAGGUCUCCCGCUUUGUUCUCAUACUCCCUCGGGUCUACCUGAACGACCCUCAUGCGUCAAUUCCCGUCGUAAACACUGGCACUCGACGCCAAUUUGUUGUCAGUGCGAACAAACUGUCGUUUGAGGCCGAGGGAGCUUCACGAGAGGCCUUCUGGUUCCGCGAAGAGCUCCUCAAGCGGCUUCUAGGAGGUUGGUCCGAACCUGCAACAGGUCGCCAGGGGUCAAUAGACUUGCGCAACAUCCGCCUCAAUGCUCGUAUGGUGGAGGCUAUGCGUCUCGAGGACAUUGAGAUAUCGUUCUCUUUGAGUUCAUCGUCUGAUGCAUCAAAAGAUGGAUCAUCUACCGCAGUCGUUCAAACUGGCCGAUCCCGCUUCCGUGCUCAAGCAGACGACCUCCUUACUCUCUUUGUCACUGUUCGCAACCGUUCUUCACGCCCUAUUCAUCCCCUUCUCCGUCUACAACCUAGCCUCCGCCACCAGCCAAACAAUAUUGCUCUGGACCUCACCCGGCGUCUUGCGUGGACUGGGAUGCUCCAACAGGCAAUGCCCUUGCUACAGAGUGGAGAAUCAUCGACAAGCUCUAUCGGCGUGACAGUCCUCUGUCGCGGCGAGUACGAGUUUGGCGCGAGUGUCGAAGAAGCACGACUCUUGUUGUCUUUUGAUGGUGCCCUCAAAAAAGAUAGUCAUGAUAGCACUAACCGCUUUAAUGACGACGGUAUCAAGGACACAUUUGGUGCGGAUGUGGCCAGACGGCGUCGCAUCUGGCAUGCGAAAGAGACCUGUGUUAUCCAAACUUGCAACUGA